AGCACCCAGUUUCUUUGCAAGAUCUGAGGCCUUCGUCCAAGUACUUUCUGCGUGUGAUCAGCACAAUCAAGUUUAUUUCAAGGUACAGAUACCCGGCUAUCCGAGAAGAAAGACUUUGCGGCUCAUAGUUUAGCUUCUUUAUCAUUUCGUUGUUUUUUUAUUAUGUUUUAAAUCACAUGCAAUAUGCAUUGUUGACCAAGAGUGAGGUUAAAAACUAAUAUUGGUCAAGUUCUUUUUCUGCGUUUACUUUAAUAAACAAAAACAGACCAAUUAACUUAUUAUUAAGUCAUUAAUUUACUUAAUUGAUUAAUGAAUGAAGCCAAUAUCCAGCCAUCCUCAUCAGUAAACGAUCUAUUCAGAAAUUCUCACACGCCGGACUGACAAAUUGGGAAAUCUCGAUCAAGAACGCUACAAUCUUGGACAGAAUUAGCCUGCGUAGCAGGCGCUUGGAAGUAGUGGGCGAAAGAGAGAACGGGCGCGCGCGUGGGAGACUGUCUCCUUCUCGCGCGCCCGUUCUUUCUUGUGCCCUCUACUUCCAAGCGCCUACGCAGGCUAGGACAGAAUAAAACUGAACAGCAAACCCCCAUCCGCCCAAAUCAAGGAUGAAUCCGCGCAAAAGCCGAAACUCGCCAUUUUCCAAUCUUUGAUUUACGGGGCCGGGGGGGGGGGGGGGGGUUGGUGGUAUAAAUUUCCCAUCUAUUUAGUCCAAGAUUGUAGAUAGGCCCAUGCCAGGUUGGGUACUCUACCAGAACACGGCGAUUCGCUUUUGUCAAUUUCUUUAUGAUAGACGGCUCCUCAUCCUUUUGGAUCGAUUAGCUUUAUAAGGCUAUAUUGAAAAACACACAAGUGAUUGCAGUCAAAACGUCACUAAGCAGUCACUUUUUAUAGGGAAUGGCCAGGUGUCCAAUGUUGUUCGACAGUUGAAUCGGUAUAAAGAGCAGAAAAGUGUCCAUUAAAAGGCGUUAGCCCGGUAGAGUACAGUGAAGAUUGGUAUGCUACACCUCCGUUAACAUGCCUCCGUCAACCAGCCACCAUGCAUGACGUAUCUUACAUGUAAUUGUUCUAGUUGUCUGCUCGUCCGGAGCUAGAAGCGUCGUUUGUUUUCUUUUUUUGUGCUCUAGUGACCAAUGCGAGAGUGGCAGUCACUGGCGCAAAGGUCACAGAUGUGUGUGGUCUCUUUUCUGAUGGAACUGUUACGCUCUUUUCUGCGUGCGCGUCUGCCCUAUCUGCUGCUGCGUUUAUCAGCUUCUUUGCCCCUGUGAAGGUUGGUUUAGGUAGGGUACAACUUCCAUAACCGUGCGCGUAUCUUCAAUGACAGGAGUUAUUUUUUCCCGUUUUUCAUUGAUUUGGUGAGGGGUGACGAAUGGUCUUUGCGAGCAUUCGCGAGCAUGCCGAGCACUGCGAUUUUUUUGCUUUGUGAGCAGAGAGCAGUUUAGAGAGUACAACUCGCGAGAAGCGAACACUUCUUAUAUUUUCUGCUUGCAGCAAUCCAUAUGGAAAUCCUUUUCUUUAAAAUAAAACAGAAAAAUACUUUAAAACGGGGUUUUAAUUUAGAGCAACCAAGUUCUUUGAAGCUAGUUUGAGUGACACCUUAUCAAGAUCAAAUAACGUCACAUUUCCGCUUUACUUCAUAAUGCAAGCUCGCUUUCUUGUCAGUAUUGCUCGAAAUUUUGUAAAUCCUCCUUUGGGUUAAAGUAAAUGUAAUUCUUUAUGGUGCUUAAUUCCUAUAAAUAUGGGUAUCAAGUUCAGUGGAAAUGCACGCGACAAAUGACAACGAUACAUAAUAAAUUAGCUAAUCUAGCUAUAUAGAGUGAGGAUAUUACACGGUGGCGUGAAGAUAUGAAUUUUAUUUUCGAGUGGCAAAACAACCACCAGAAAAUAAAAUUCACAUCUUCAAGCCGCCAUGUAAUGUUCUUUUUAUUAUCUAGACAAAAAGACAUCGAUAAAAUAAUAAAGGGAAAUGACUGAAAUUACGUCAUCGAUAAAGUCACAGUUUUUGCAAGUGGUAUAUUUUCCAGUAAAACACUCGUGUCUAUAUAAUAAGGUUAUAUAUGGUUGUUCUAUAUGGUUGUUCUUCUUGUGACCUUUGCUUUCUGAUCCGUACAAACACGUGCGAGCAACUGCAAGAAUUUUGGGAGCACGAGCAAGCGAGCACUCGUUUAAAUUUUGCGAGCAAAUCGAGCAAAGGUAAAAUUUUGCGAGCAGUUAAAAAUUUUAAUGGACCAUUCAUCACCCCUUUAGUGAUUCUUUUACCGUCAAUAAAUUUAUGUUCUUGUUAUAUUUUAGAGAAUAGAAUCGUAAUUAAAACUUUUCUCGCUGUUCUCUUAAACACUUUUCUGUACUAUUUUCAUUUUGCCAUCACUCUGCUGAGUUUUUAAUUGCCGAUUUUCUGUGAUUUAUUUUGGUUUGUUUAUGAUCGUUCUCUGUUUAUUACCUUGCAGUGUAUCUUGGGUAUUAUAAAAUGAUGACGCGAGUUUGAGGUCACAUGACAUCACAGCCACAUCAUAGUUUUUUUUCUCUUUGAGAAAAUUUUCAAGGAAAGUUGUCGUCCAACUCUUGCUUUGUUUAAUACAAGCUUUUAUUUUGCUUAAGACUGUUUACACAGUUUUCUUGACAAUGACUGACGGAAACGAAGGAGAGAACCUGCCUCAAAAGCUACCAACUGCAACGUCGAAACAACGGCGGUCAAGUUUGUUUGAAGUUGGAUUUCCAGUUCAGCGGGAUCGUGGUUCUAGUAUGGUCUCUAUCCCUAGCAUUAUUCCCAGCCAAAUCCACGGUGUUCAUCAGAAGGUCCGCUACGAAAAUACAUACAAAAUGGAGCCAGACAAGCGAUUUCACAUCGCCGAAGUGAAAGAAAUUCUGGACGAGACGCUAUCGACGUCUUUGAAAGAUGUGAAGUACGAUCCGGUGAGAUGCAAAGCGUUGAGCAAAUCGCUGUCUCACACUAUCUGUGAAAGAGUGAAACUUCUAGGAUUCAGCAGGUUUAAGAUCGUCUGUGUUGUAAGCAUUGGUGAGAUGAAAGGACAAGAUGUUCGAGUUGCGAGCCGCUUUCUUUGGGACGAAAAACAUGAUAACUGGGUCGAUUCCGUGUUUACAAGUUCUGAGUUAUUUGGGGUUGCGGUCGUUUUUGGCGUUUACCAGGAAUAAACAACGACGAAACCGCUUGAACGUAAAGUCGCAAGCUUUAUUUUAUCGAAAGGUUUAGACUAUGGACAAUUCAGAGAAGACUUGCCGUUGAAAAGAUUUUGCUGCAACUGCAGAAGUCCUUUGAAUUGGUUCCCGUUGACUGAAUUAAAAUGUUUAUAAAGACUUCUCUGCAUGGAAUGUAAGUAAGCUUAAGCUAAUUUUUAGCUUUAAUACAAAUUUUGAACGGUCAAGUCUUCAUGUUGUAAAACUUGUAAUAGUUUGUCGCAAUUGUGAACCCUAGAUUGGUCUUUUUUUGUUGCAUUGGCAACUUUUCGUCUAAUUUUCAUGACGUUUAUGUUUAAAACUAUUAAAUGCUGAGCUAUGCCUGACGAAGUGCUUAAGUUAAUUCCAGUGACAUCUUACAGAAAAGUAGUUUCUCUAACCAUAAACGUCCACCAGAUGUAUUUUCUUCCUUUAUGGUAUUGAUUUAGUUUAUGAGAUUAUUGACAAAGUUAAUUUGUAAUGCUUGAAGAUGUCAUACCCUGUUUUAUUCCUUGGUGCUGUGAUGGCUUCUCUGUAUAAUCUUUGAAUGGAAAACAUGGCUACGAAGAGACAUAUAUAAAAUUUAAGAAACCUGGGCUGACAAGAAUUUAAUGU